AUGACGGCGGAAAGCCCUCAACCGACGGGUUGCGCGGUGAGCCGGCCCGACGCCGAAGCCGAAGCCGCUUCUAGGCUUCCCGCGCUGGUGAAGAUGGAGCCGGCAGCCCCGGGAGAGGCCCUGGAGCCGGAGCCGGAGCCGUCGGAAGAAGACGUGAUGGGAGGUUCGCGGCCUAUCGGGCGCCGCAGGAAACGGCCGGUCCAGCGCGGGAAACCCCCGUACAGCUACAUCGCGCUCAUCGCCAUGGCCAUCGCGCACUCUCCGGAGCGUCGCUUGACCCUGGGCGGCAUCUACCGCUUCAUCACCGAACGCUUCCCCUUCUACCGCGACGGGCCUCGCAAGUGGCAGAACAGCAUCCGCCACAACCUCACGCUCAACGACUGCUUCGUUAAGGUGCCCCGAGAGCCCGGCCGGCCGGGCAAAGGCAGCUACUGGGCCCUCGACCCCCACGCCCGCGACAUGUUCGAGAGCGGCAGCUUCUUGCGCCGCAGGAAGCGCUUCAAGCGCAGCGACCUUUCCACUUACCCGGCCUAUAUGCACGAGGCGCCGGCCCAGCCCGUCGGGCCUUCGCUGAGCUCGGCCUACGCCCCUCCUGCUGCUCUCUGUUAUCCUUCCCAGCCGCCCCUCUUUAGCCUGGGGCCCCUCAUGGCCCAGCCGAGCCCGGAGCUGGUGCAGCAGCAUAGCCUGGACAUAAACUCUUCUCCUGGCAAUGCCUGCUCCUUUGCUGGGUCCGCUUACUCCAACCAGACCUGCACCGCAGCCUCUGGCCUAGGCAGGCCCCACAACACCAUGCCUUACUCUUAUGCCAUCCCCAGUUCCCAGCAGCUCCAGGUUAACCAAGGCUCUUACUCCCAGAGCAGCAACAGUAACCUCUUUGGGGCUUCUGCCCGUCUAGGAGUACCUACCUCACCCCCCAUCACUAAUGACAGCAUGGAUUUCUAUGGCAGGAUGUCGCCUAGCUCCUAUAGCUCUUUGGCUCAUGGGUACAAUGCCAGUGGGCAGCUCAGCAGUCCCGGAGCCUACCUGCGCCACACUUCUUACCCCAGUAACAUGGAAAGGUUCGUUUCGGCCAUCUGAAGCCAAGGAGGAACUUGGUUGGGGGAAAAAGAGAGCAAGGCAGGGCAGGGGGAGGGUGUCCUCUCCGGUUCUAUUAUCUUCCCCUUGGGCUUA